AUGGAUCCGUCAAUCGCUAAGGGAGUUGGCCUGUUGUCUGCUAGCGCCAUCAGAUCCCUCAAAGCAGCCUGCUCUUUCUCUGAAGUUGAGCCAGAAGAACGUGUGGUUCUUAUGAGCCCAUCGCUCCCUCUCAUCACUGUUCACGUCACCAGUGGUCUCAGGGGUCAUGGUGCCAUGGACUUUGGCAUCCACCAGAACAUACUCGAGCACUGUAGUCCUUUCUUCAAGGCGCUACUGACGGCAGAUUCCGCCCCGAGCCUUAUCAAGAACGAGGAUGAACCUGUGGUACCGCAAAGUCCCAAGGUAAACGCUGUGAUUUGCCUAGAAGCGGACCCGGCAGCGUUCAAGCUCUACACCGAAUGGGUGUACUCGGGUCAUCUCGUGAGCGAAACCAUCAGAAUCCAAGAUACAAGAUUGGAUGCUCUAGGCCAGGCAUACCUUCUGGGCGAGAAGUUACUCGACUGCGAGUUCAAGAAUGCCGUGGUCGACGCUAUCCUAAACCAAAUCAUCGUGGAAGGCCGUGUCGAUCUCACCUUGCCUAAUUUGAUCUUUGACAAGCCUUGUCAUACUUCACCACUCAGAAAGCUACUGGUGGAUCUCCAUGUCUGGUAUGGCCACAAAGACUGGCUCAAGCGAGAUACUUCUGAGGCACCCAUCUCAGCCCGUUUCACUGCGGAUCUUCCAGCCGCCCUCCUCGACCGUCACGGCCACGACCAAGCCAGAAGAGAUCAGGUACCAGUCAUCAGUACCUGCAAGUACCAUGAGCAUCCAAAUGGACUUCUUUGUCCGAAAAAUAGAAAGCCACGUCAUCCCAGACAGUUGUUGACUUCGUUAUAA